AUGUCCUUCCACAACUUAAAUACGAAACCUUCUAGGGAGGAUCGCGACAAUGCCUCGUUCCUCUCUCCUAUCGCAUAUGACGACGAUGCUUCGUCUCUCCACUCCCGCAGCGAUCAAGAUACCGAUACCGACGAUGACGAACUUAUCUCACGCGCGAGAAAUAGUAGAGAAUUGCGUGCUCACGAUCGUAUCGUCUUGAUGGAAGAGGAAGAUAUCGACCGACUUGUUACCGAUUCGCGACAAAAGAAAGAACGGGAGCGCCGUGGCUCAGGACUCGCAGUGCCUAGUAUAGGCAGAAUGUUUGGUCGUCGAGGAAGCAGUUCAGGAAGUCGUUCGAUCAACAGCUCCGCCGAAAAUCUUGUGCUUGAGAAGCGAAAGACUCGACGCCAGCGGAGACAGAAGAAGCGAGAGAAACUUGUGGAGCAUGCUCAACAUGGAGAGGACGGAGAGUUGAUGUAUGAGAUGGAAGAAGGAGGUAUGAAGGAAGGAAGUUCAACUGGUGAGAGUAGCGAGAGGGAUGACAGUGACGAAUUGGAUCGACAUCAUCUAAAUAUGAUUGCCGAAGCAAAGGCCCAGCGACGUCGUAGCUGGCGCUGGUGGGUCUUCAUUCACUCCCUGAUCGCCAUAGGCUUCGCGAUCCUGAUUCUAUUGGCCUGGAAGCUGUCCAAGAAUCGCAGGAACAGAUUCACCAAGGCAAACCAACCCCUGGUCAGCAACGGAACCGCUCUCUUCGCGCCCACAUCCCUCAUCAUCAGCCUGGAUGGUUUCCGCGCCGACUUCCUCCAACGUGGACUGACGCCUACCUUGAACUCGUUCGUUGCUGAGGGAGUGUCGCCGAAGUGGAUGCAUCCUUCUUUUCCAUCAGUCACCUUUCCGAACCAUUACACUCUUGCGACAGGCUUGUAUCCCGAAAGCCAUGGCAUCGUCAGCAAUACCUUCUGGGAUCCUGAUAUGCAGUCGCAAUUCUACUACACCCAUCCUGGCCAGAGUCUUGACCCAAAGUGGUGGGGAGGAGAGCCUUUCUGGGUUACAGCGGAGAAACAAGGGGUUCGGAGUGCUGUCCAUAUGUGGCCCGGAAGCGAGGCACAUGUUCUUCAUACUGAACCAAGCUUGAUGGAUAAGUUCAAUGGCAAAGAAACACUUGAGAACAAGGUCGCCAGAAUCAUGGAGUUUCUUGAUAUGCCCGGCUUUGAGGACAAGACAGUGGACAUCGGCAACAUGCGACCACAAUUGAUUGCCGCUUACGUUCCUCAUGUCGAUAGUGAUGGUCACAAAUUCGGUCCCAAUUCCACCGAGAUCCGCCAAACCAUCAAUAAUGUGGACAGCAUGCUGGGACAGGUCUUCCAUGGUCUUGAGCAGCGCAACUUGACCGACAUUGUCAAUGUGAUUGUCGUCUCCGAUCACGGUAUGGCAACCACAGAUAUCUCAAGACUAAUCCAGCUCGAAGACCUCAUCGAUACUGACAAGAUUGAACAUAUCGAUGGCUGGCCGCUCUACGGUCUUCGUCCCAAGAAUCCCGACGACCUGAAAGGACUCUAUGAUGAGCUCAAGGAGAAGUCAAAGUCGAACCCCAACUUUGAAGUCUAUCUUCGUGAUGUCGACAUGCCCGAGCGAUAUCACUUCUCCAAGCAUCACCGCAUCGCCCCUUUGUGGGUUGUCCCCGAGACAGGAUGGGCAAUUGUGACCAUAGACGAGUUCAAUGUUGAAGAAGGAAAGAAGAAGAAUCUCGUAUAUCAUCCGCGGGGCCUUCAUGGUUAUGACCAUGAGCAUCCGCUUAUGAGGGCCAUUUUCAUUGCCCGUGGCCCUGCGUUCCCCCACCCAGCGAACAGCCAGAUCGAAGUUUUCCAAAACAUUGAGGUGUACAACAUGUUGUGCGACUCCGUUGGCUUGACGCCCAGCCCCAACAACGGAACUUUACGGCUUCCCCUGAAGCCUAUCGGUGUGCACAAGCCCGAAGAUACGCCCGAGGAACCUGCCGAUCCUCCGUCCGCCCCCAAGAAGCCGGCUCGCCCAACUUUGCCGGAGAAGCCAAGUCAUCCCGAGCGGCCAACUGUGCCUCAAAAGCCCACCCAGCCUGAACGACCUACGGUCCCAGUUGCCCCUACGCAGUCCGCCAAGGCGACAGUCUCACUCAAGAAACCUGUGAAACCAUCAAAGUCGGCUGCCCCCUCUAAGGACAGCGGAGGUAAGGAUGGGGAUAGUGGCAGCGACAGCGAUAGUGACAGUGGCGACGAUGACGAUGAUAAAGACGAAGGGAUUUGGGAUUGGUUCACUCACAAAGUGGAGAAAGUCUGGCAUAAAAUCACUGGAGAUGAUGAUUGA